AUGCGUUACGCUUCUCCGACCGCUUCAUGCGUUACGCUUCUCCGGCCGCUUCAUGCGUUACGCUUCUCCAACCGCUUCAUGCGUUAUGCUUCUCCGGCCGCUUCGUAUGUUACGCUUCUCCGGCCGCUUCAUGCGUUACGCUUCUCCGACCGCUUCAUGCGUUACGCUUCUCCAGCCGCUUCAUGCGUUACGCUUCUCCGACUGCUUCAUGUGUUAUGCUACUCCGGCCGCUUCAUGCGUUACGCUUCUCCGACCGCUUCAUGUGUUACGCUUCUCCGGCCGCUUCAUGCGUUACGCUUCUCCGACCGCUUCAUGCGUUACGCUUCUCCGGCCGCUUCAUGCGUUACGCUUCUCCGGCCGCUUCAUGCGUUACGCUUCUCCAACCGCUUCAUGCGUUAUGCUUCUCCGGCCGCUUCGUAUGUUACGCUUCUCCGACCGCUUCAUGCGUUACGCUUCUCCGACCGCUUCAUGCGUUACGCUUCUCCAGCCGCUUCAUGCGUUACGCUUCUCCGACUGCUUCAUGUUAUGCUACUCCGGCCGCUUCAUGCGUUACGCUUCUCCGACCGCUUCAUGUGUUACGCUUCCGACCGCUUCAUGCGUUACGCUUCUCCGACCGCUUCAUGCGUUACGCUUCUCCGACCGCGUCAUGCGUUACGCUUCUCCAGCCGCUUCAUGCGUUACGCUUCUCCGACCGCUUCAUGCGUUACGCUUCUCCGACCGCUUCAUGCGUUACGCUUCUCCGGCCGCUUCGUGUGUUACGCUUCUCCGACCGCUUCAUGCGUUAGGCUUCUCCGACCGCUUCAUGCGUUACGCUUCUCCGACCGCUUCAUGCGUUACGCUUCUCCGACCGCUUCAUGCGUUACGCUUCUCCGACCGCUUCAUGUAUUACGCUUCUCCGACCGCUUCAUGCGUUACGCUUCUCCGACCGCUUCAUGCGUUACGCUUCUCCGGCCGCUUCGUGUGUUACGCUUCUCCAACCGCUUCAUGCGUUACGCUUCUCCGACCGCUUCGUGUGUUACGCUUCUCCGACCGCUUCAUGCGUUACGCUUCUUCGGCCGCUUCGUGCGUUACGCUUCUCCGACCGCUUCAUGCGUUACGCUUUUCCGACUGCUUCAUGCGUCACACUUCUCCGGCCGCUUCAUGCGUUACGCUUCUCCAACCGCUUCAUGCGUUACGCUUCUCCGACCGCUUCAUGCGUUACGCUUCUCCAGCCACUUCAUGUGUUACGCUUCUCCGGCCGCUUCAUGUGUUACGCUUCUCCGGCCGCUUCACGCGUUACGCUUCUCCGACCGCUUCAUGCGUUACGCUUCUCCGACCGCUUCAUGCGUUACGCUUUUUCGGCCGCUUCAUGCGUUACGCUUCUCCGACCGCUUCAUGCGUUACGCAUCUCCGACCACUUCAUGCGUUACGCUUCUCCGACCGCUUCAUGCGUUACGCUUCUUCGGCCGCUUCGUGCGUUACGCUUCUCCGACCGCUUCAUGCGUUACGCUUUUCCGACUGCUUCAUGCGUCACGCUUCUCCGGCCGCUUCAUGCGUUACGUUUCUCCAACCGCUUCAUGCGUUACGCUUCUCCGACCGCUUCAUGCGUUACGCUUCUCCAGCCACUUCAUGUGUUACGCUUCUCCGGCCGCUUCAUGUCUAAAAUAUUUAUUUGAUCGCCACACAAGUCUCAAUAACUACAGGAAGAUUGUCUUACGCCAAAUCGACCAAAUGGUUAGAUCUUUACUGACAUACAUCCCUAUCUUCGGUGUUUCUAUCACAACAUUUGAACGAUAG